AUGGGAGAUUUUAACUGUGUUUUGCUUGGUGAUGAGAAAAAAGGGGGUCAUGAACCUAGAACUUCUUGUAUAAAUGAAUUCAGUGAUUGGAUGGAUGACAAUAACUUGUUUGAAGCAGAUUCGUUGGGUUGUAAACUGACUUGGACGAAUGGGAAAUCUGGUACAAGGCGUAUUCUAAGCAAGUUGGAUCGUGCUAUUAUUAAUGAAUCCUGGAUAACAAAAUUUGCGAAUCGGAGGUAUUCUUGGAAUGCUCCAGUCUAUGUUAACCAUGAUACUAUUUUUCCAUUCAAGUUGAAGCGUUUGAAAGCAACAAUGAAGUUGUGGAAUAAAACGGUUUUUGGUAAUGUGAAUACUCGUUUUAAGCAAGCUCAACUUAAAUUUGAGGUGGCUAGUAGAAAUUCUGAUGAGGACCCUCAUGAUGUUGCGAAGCUGAAUGUUAUGAAAAAUGCCUUAGUGGCUGUACAAGAUGUGAGAAUGCAACAACAUAUCAUGCUCAAGAAAAAGUCACGUAAUAAAUGGCUUUUGGAGGGCUCUAGUAAUACUUCUUAUUUCCAUAGUACCAUUAAUAUUCGUAGGAGUGCGAAUACUAUUUCAGAGCUGGUUUCUGAAGAUGGUUUGACUAUCAGUGAUCCAGACCAAAUUCGUGAUCAUGUGGUGUCCUAUUAUGAGGCUAAAUUCAAUGGCACGGACCUGCCAAUUGAUGAGAAGUUGUUUGAAUAUGAUCAUGCUUCUAUUUCUGUUGAAGAGAACCAGAUGUUAGAUGCCAUUCCUUCACUGGAGGAGAUUAAAACUGCGUUUUUUAAUUUAGGAGCGGAUAGUGCUCCAGGGCCGGAUGGUUUUUCAGGGUGCUUUUACAGACACUGUUAG